UAUUACCAUAUUUUGUCUCCGAAAACAGGGGAGGGCGCAUGGGACAGGAAAGCAAUAACUGGGAAUGCUUACAUUAGGAGGCUGGGCAAAUACUUGGAAUUCCGCUUCCGUUCAGAGGGAGUAAACUUUCAGUAGAUAGCAUUCCGACCUGAAGGUCUGAGAUAUUAUUACUGUUUUGAUUUAGCGAAGCGUCGUAGCCUGUAAUCUUAUCGAUGGCUUCUUCGCCGCAGAAAUCUCCUUCUUCUCCAAAAUCACCGACUCCAAAAUCUCCACAAUCAAGAAAGAAAGAUGACUCAUUUCUGGGAAAACUUGGAGGAACUUUGGCAAGAAGGAAAAAGGCAAAGGAAGUGUCUGAGCUUCAGGAGGAGGGGAUGAACGCCAUCAACCUGCCCCUCAGCCCCAUUCCCUUUGAGAUCGACCCUGAGGACACCAUGCUAGAGGAAAAUGAAGUCCGCACCAUGGUUGACCCCAACUCCAGAAAUGACCCCAAACUGCAGGAGCUGCUGAAGGUGCUCAUAGACUGGAUCAACGAUGUGCUGGUUGGGGAGAGGAUCAUUGUCAAGGACCUGGCGGAAGAUCUCUACGACGGGCAGGUUCUCCAGAAGCUCUUUGAAAAGCUGGAGGGGGAGAAGCUGAACGUUGCCGAGGUAACGCAGUCGGAGAUCGCCCAGAAGCAGAAGCUCCAGACGGUGCUGGAGAAGAUCAAUGAAACCCUGCGCGUCUCGCCCAGGAACGUAAAAUGGAACGUGGACUCGGUCCAUGCUAAGAGUAUGGUUGCCAUUCUUCACCUGCUGGUGGCUGUGUCCCAGCACUUUCGGGCCCCCAUCAGACUCCCAGAUCACGUGUCCAUUCAGGUUGUGGUGGUCCAGAAGCGUGAGGGAAUUCUGCAGUCCCGGCAGGUCCAAGAGGAGAUCACCGGAAACACUGAGGCUUUCUCAGGAAGACAUGAGCGGGAUGCCUUUGACACCUUGUUUGACCACGCACCCGACAAGCUCAACGUUGUGAAGAAGACGCUGAUCACCUUCGUGAACAAGCACUUAAACAAGCUGAAUCUUGAGGUGUCUGAACUGGACACACAGUUUGCAGAUGGGGUGUAUCUGGUGCUGCUGAUGGGACUGCUGGAAGGGUACUUUGUGCCCCUCUACAACUUCUUCCUCACCCCUGAAAACUUUGAGCAAAAGGUGCACAAUGUGUCCUUCUCCUUUGAGCUGAUGCAGGACGGGGGACUGGAGAAACCCAAACCCAGGCCUGAGGAUAUUGUGAACUGCGACCUGAAGUCAACACUGAGGGUGCUCUACAACCUUUUUACCAAAUACAGGAAUGUGGAUUAAAAGGAUGUGAUGGAUGCCUUUGUUUCCAGGACAACGGGGCCUGUCACUCUGUUGCUCCCGACCUCACAUCCUGAUUGGCUGGCAGACAGACGCUGGGCUGCAGGAGUGGGGCACAGUUACUAUGCAUCUUUCUAGACCUCCUGUCGCCAUUUGCCAUUUGGCACAAUAUCCAAACAUCAUUAUCUUCUGAUUGUUACCCAGUCGGGAAUUUUCUCAUUUCCAAAAAAAAAACAAAAAACUUUUUAAAGGAUAGUUUUAAUUAUAAAAAUCAAAACUACCCUCCCUCCCCCCCCCCCCAAAAAAAAGCAGGUAGCGGGAGAGGCGGGUGUGUCUGGUCAGAAUUUGUCAGCAGCAGGUUUGCAUUAUAGCAGUGCUUUUUUUUUUGCAUUCGCACUGAAAUACAUCCCUCCAUCCAUGAAAAAUCCUACUGACAUGUAUUUGUAUUAAAAACACUGGCUGGCUUAGCUGGUCAAGUGUUCUGUUUAGACUCAGCCACCUCUCACACCUGCCAUUUGUAAGAUUCAGAUUUAUAGUUCAAGAAGGUACUUUUAUAUCAAAAUCAUGUAUUUUAAAGAAUAUAUAUUACUUCUGUAUCACAAUCAGAGGAAUACAUUAUUGACCCUUGUGGGGGAAACCUGUUGGAACACCUAAUAUUGAAUUAUUGAAAGUAUCUACAUACACAAGUUUUACGUUUCAUUAGGUUAAAAACAGAGACGCAUUUAUUGAUUGAAAUAUUCCAAAAAGGGUACAGUUAGGCUUUUGCUUAUAGCCGAUUACUAGGCAGCUGUGAAACUAAAUUUCUAUUAACUGCAUUACACAGUUGUACUAUUCUUUGUUUUUACAGACUUGGUCACAGAUAGCUUUUAAGCGGUCUUCUGUCAUUAAAGGUUUUUCCCGUUGGCUGAAUGACACACAUUGCACCACAACAAAAGCAUCCAUUCCAGGCAUAAAACCUGACAUUAGACAAAAGAAAAAUCUAAAUGGCAAGCAGCUCUGUGAUUAUUAAAUAUUAAAAAGUCUUCUGUAAUUAAUGGUGCCAUCAUUAACUGAUUAAAGUAUGACAGAAAAACUGGUAUAGCAGACCGAUUUCCCUGUCAACUCUCAAUAUGACUUUACCCUUGUGAGGUGAGGCUUGUUUUGCAGAAAUGAUGUAUCACUAGGCAGUACCAGUGUGAUAUCAGGUGUAAUAAUCAGAUUACAGCUUUGCAGAUAUUUUUUGCUGUUAAGUAUUCACUGCUAUUGUGUGCACUCUUAUUUUGUCACAAUGUGUUCUCCGGGUUAUUUUGUCUACUGUAUGUAAGAGGAAAUGUCAAGCAAAAGUAUCCGUACCAUUUGCUUUUUGGAUUACAAAGUGUGUCGCACGAGUGUCAACGAGGCUGUCUGUAUUUCUCUGCCUUUUUUUUGUUUUUGUUUUGUUUUUCUAUUCAUAUUCUCACCAUGUGUAAAUUUUCAGGGGGGUUUCCUUUAAACUGUCUUGAUUUAUUUGUGAAAAAAACAUUCUGAAGAACACUAAAGGUCACCAAAUACUGAAAUGGUCUUAAAUGCUGAAAUGAGUAUUAAAAGACAGGAGUCUAUUCAUCUGUGUCAUGCAGUGGGUAUAAACCCAGUCAAGUUGUUGAAUUAUGAAAACCACAGUCAUUCCAUUGGCACAUUAUGGAGUGAAUGCUGAUAUUUGAGGUAUGUGCAUUGUUCACCAAGCGUUAAAACACCGAACACUCAAGGAAUGAUAAAGACUAAACAGGCUUUAGUGCAGCAGUGCUUGUAGUACAGCUGACGUUAUAUGUGUUGGUGCUGAUUAGUGUUAGUUUGGAUUGCAGGAUGGGUGAACGCGUAAAAGUCUGAAAUCCUCCGAACCUAGAUUGAGUGAGAAUGUGAAAACCUUCAACAGAACACACUUGUUAAAUAGAUCUGUCUGAUUCAAUGUACGGGUUAAUAAUGUUUUGCAUAACUUUUAUUACACUUGCUUUGACUGAACUGUGCUUUGAUUGUAAUGGUUUUCUCCAUUGCAUCCAACCUCCAUCGCAGGUUGAAUAAAUGAUACACGUACUUUC